AUACAAUAGUAUAAUUUAUGGCGAUUUGUUGGUGCACGCUUUCAUUAAGAUAUUCAUUGAGUGAUUGACUGAUUACAACCACAACGUCAUCUUCAUUAUUAAUAAAGUGCUAUUAACAUUAAAAGAUAGUUGACACCAACUGUUUUGGACAAAUGCCUUACAUUAUCAUACGCGGCAAUUUAGCGUCUUAUAGCCAUAAAUAUCCGUGGCGUGUAUUGGUCUCCGGGCUGAAAGCGGAUGAAAUUGAGCAGUUGAAUAAAUUUUCGUGUGGCGGCUACAGUGAUGAGACAACAAUAGUUUAUUUGGUGCAUCCAUGUCGAAUCUUAUCGGCACUUGAGAUUUUAGGUUUUCGUGUGGUCGCUUCUUCAUCGACAGCUGUUAAGCAGGAUUACAACGAGUAUAUGUGGACUAUGCGAAAAGAGUUCCAUGAGCCAGAACCACUUGAAACGGAAUCGGUUGUGCGUGAAAAUCUAUCAAAUAUAGGACGUGAGGCAGCUGGUUUAGCCAAUUAUCACAAAGUUGAUUCGCCUGAAUAGGAAUAAAGAAUAAAGUAAUCAUACA